AUGCGCCACUAUGGGGCUGCUACACCAAAGCCGCACUGGGCGUUUGCAAAUGCGAGUGCCAUAAAGCUGCUCUACAAGGGGCCACUUCAGAAUUGGCAGGGCUAUUGCAGCGCUCACCCAGACAGAGUUCGUACAAGCCACCGGUAUGUGGACAAACGGGGAGUCAAGCGGUACCACGGAAACAAGAACCUGAAGUCGACUGAGAACUAUCCGGCACAAUUCGGCUUGCGCCUCGUGGAGCUCCAUGACCAGGUGCUAGCGACACAGCGAGGCACACCACAGCUGCCAGAGGACGUGCCCACGGCUUUUGAUACCUUUCGCAUGAUGAGUUACGAUGACAAGUGGGAAGAUGCGAAUAUGGUUGAGUGCAUCCGUUACAUUCGUGGGCUUGCUUCCAGGAUGUGGAGCUGCUCUGAGCUCCGUGACGGUUUGCAUCAUGUGAUGGAUGAAGGGAACGAUCCUGAUGCCCUUCGUGAGCUGGAGGCUAUGGAAGCUGAGCUCAAGAGCCUUGAGGAGCAGGCCAUAUGUGAAGACAAGUCACACUCGGAAAUGAAACUGGUGCAAGUUGUUGACACCCAGCCGGCCUCUGACCUCGAGCUGAAGGAAGCCGAAAGGUAUCACGAAGCAGUCACCGCAACCCCGCCCCGCUCGAACUCACCGUCGUCCCUGGCUACGAGUGCCCAGAGCCAGGAGCUGGCAGAGCUCGAGGCACCUGUGCGCAAGAUGGUGGUCGAUGGCACCAUGAGCCUGGACACCGCAAGCUCGGUCUUGGGCUACCGGAUCACGGGCUGCAGUCCGGACAAGAAGAAGGCCCGCACUGCUGAGCACGCUGAGACCAUGAUGAAUGGCGAAGGGAGCAAGGCGGAGAUCGACGGCAUGAGUGACCGAGGGCCCCCGAAUGAUUGUCCUGAGCAGGAGAAGGAAGAGCAGGAGGAGCGGAAGGAGGACUUUGGGCUGACCUCCGACGGUGUGCCAAGGAAGACUCGGGCGGCGAGGAACGCCAAGCUUCGCCGACUUUGUCAGCGACGUAAGAAUGGGUCGCUGGCUGUGCCUACUUGGUUGCAUGAAUUGUGGAAAACCGGGAACCACUCCGCCCUUUCCUUGCAGUACGAGGAGGCUGGCUACAACAAGGACAAGUUCGUGACCUCGGUGCAGAACAGCAUCAACCGGCGUGACAAGAAGACGAACUCCGUCGAGGAGGGAUGGUACUCAAAGGAGGACAUGAGCGUGGCUUCGUUGGAGGGCGACGCCAAAAUCUUGGAUCAGGCUUACACCGAGCUUACGGACAUGCAGGCCAAGGGGGCGAUGAAGGAUCAUGAUUCUGCGUAG